CUGGCGGACCGAGCGGAAGUGACGUUUGUUGUUCUUGUCGUUUGAGACGUUCAGGGUCUGAUGGGUCCUUCAGUCCUUUUAUGUCUCCUCAGAUCCUCUCCUUAAAUCCUACCGGCCCCGAAUGAAGAUUAACAGGUAUGCCAAAAGAAAAAUAUGAUCCUCCCGAUCCUCGUCGAUGUUACACCAUCAUGUCAGCCGAGGAGGCGGCCAACGGGAAGAAGUCUUACUGGGCCGAACUCGAGAUCUCAGGUCGUGUUCGCAGUCUCAGCAGCUCGUUAUGGACGCUUACUCACCUGACGGCGCUUCACAUCAAUGACAACAACCUGACCCGCCUCCCCCCCGACAUCGCCAAACUGCCUCACCUGGUUUACCUGAACCUGUCCUCCAACAAGCUGCGCAGCCUGCCUGCCGAACUCGGCAACAUGGUCUCUCUCAGGGAAUUACUUUUAAACAACAAUCUGUUACGAGUCCUGCCUUAUGAACUCGGGAGACUCUUCCAGCUUCAGACCCUGGGACUCAAAGGAAACCCUCUGUCCCAGGACAUCCUGAACCUGUACCAGGAACCUGACGGAACCCGAAAACUACUCAACUACAUGCUCGACAAUCUGGCAGUCCAUCCUGAGCAGCUUCCUCAGAGACCGUGGAUUACUCUGAAGGAGAGAGAUCAGACAAGUCCAACAGCUGUGUUCACAGUCAUGUGUUAUAACGUGUUGUGUGAUAAGUACGCCACGCGACAGCUGUAUGGUUACUGUCCAUCCUGGGCGCUCAGCUGGGAGUACAGGAAGAAAGGCAUCAUGGAGGAGAUCACACACUGCGACGCUGACAUCAUCAGUUUACAGGAGGUGGAGACGCAGCAGUACUACACUCUGUUCCUAGAAACCCUGAAGGAUCGUGGGUAUGACGGGUAUUUCUGUCCGAAGUCUCGAGCUAAACUCGUCUCUGAGGCUGAGAGGAAACAUGUGGACGGCUGUGCUGUUUUCUUCAAAACACAGAAGUUCACUUUGGUUCAGAAACACACAGUCGAGUUCAACCAAGUUGCCAUGGCGAACUCUGAGGGGUCAGAGGUCAUGCUGAACAGAGUCAUGACCAAAGACAACAUUGGGGUCGCCGUGCUGCUCGAGGUCAACAAAGACAUUUUCUCUGAAGGUGUGAAGCCUCCUCAGGAGAGGCAGUUGGUCUUGGUUGCAAACGCACACAUGCACUGGGACCCUGAAUUUUCUGAUGUCAAAUUGAUCCAGACGAUGAUGUUCCUCUCUGAACUAAAGAGCAUCGCUGAGCGUACUUCGGGUUCCGUGGCAGCCGGCUCUCCCUCCUCGGACCCGUCCUCCAUCCCGAUUGUCCUCUGCGCCGACCUCAACUCUCUUCCUGACUCUGGUGUGGUGGAAUACCUGAGCAAUGGCGGUGUGGCUGACAACCACAAGGACUUCAAAGAACUCCGCUACAACGAAUGUCUGAUAAACUUCAACUGCAACGGAAAGAACGGCAACUCAGACGGCAACAUCACCCACAACUUCCACCUGAAGAGUGCGUACGACGGCAACCUGAUGCCUUACACCAACUACACCUACGACUUCAAGCACAUAACCAACUACACCUACGACUUCAACUACACCUACGACUUCAACUACACCUACGACUUCAACUACACCUACGACUUCAACUACACCUAUGACUUUUACUACACCUAUGACUUUAACUACACCUAUGAUUUUAACUACACCUAUGAGUUUAACUACACCUAUGAGUUUAACUACACCUAUGAGUUUAACUACACCGAUGACUUUAACUACACCUAA